CUGGGAAAACGCUUGGUCUCUGCUGAGGAUGGACGGGACUGACCCGCAGGAGGAGGGGGAGCCGAUGUCCCCUGACCCGAUGUCAGGGUCGAAGUUCACUGUGGUGGACUAUGGGGUGUUCGGGCUGCUGCUGGUGGUGUCGGCGGGUAUCGGGGUGUACAGUGCCUUGAGAGGCCGCGGCGUCAGCUCCACCCAGCAGUACCUGCUCGGGGGUCGCCACAUGCCCGUCCUCCCCGUGGCUCUCUCGCUCCUCGGGGGAGCUAUAUCCGCGAUAUCAAUACUUGGUAACGCCACGGAGAUGUACUUCUACGGUACGCAGCUGACGAUGAGCCUGUUUGGUAACAUAUUUGGCGUACUGAUGAUCAGGAACGUUAUAUUACCGGUCCUGUACCCUCUCCAUCUCGUCUCCAUAUUUGAGUACAUAGAAAUGCGGUUCCAGUCACGAACGCUGCGCAAGACGGCGACAGUAAUUCAGGUACUGGCAUCGUUCGUGUACUCUGGGAUAUGCCUGUACGCGCCUUCCAUCACCCUAUCCUCCGUCACCAGCCUCCCCAUCUGGGCCUCCAUCGUCACAAUGGGCCUCGUCUGCGCCUUCUACACUACCAUCGGCGGGGUGAAGGCGGUGGUGUACACAGACGUGGUACAGACGCUGCUGAUGUUCGGUGGCGUGUUGGUGGUGUCCGUGAUCUGCUGCCUGGACUUGGGCGGCCCCGCAGGCGUCUGGGAUAUCGCUGACCAAGGAGGACGCAUUGAGUUCUUCAACACGGACCCGAGCCCCUUCGUGCGUAACACUCUCUGGUCGACGCAGGUGUUGGGGAUGUACUUUACUAUAAGUUUAGCUGGCAUCAACCAGGCGCAGUUCCAGAGGUUCAUCUCCGUCAAGAGUCUCCAGCUCUCCCAGUCCUUGUGCAUGUUGUUCAUAGUGGGUUCGUUGAUGCUGUGGAGUGUCUUCUAUAUCUCCGGCCUCGUCGCUUAUGCCGUGUAUAGCGACUGUGAUCCGCUCACCUCGGGAAGAAUUGAAAAGCCUGACCAGAUCAUGCCUUACCUGGUGGCGGACAAGCUGAGGCACCUGAAGGGUAUGUCUGGCCUGUUUGUGGCCGCGGUGUAUGGCGGCGCCCUCAGUUCGCUGUCAUCACAGGGGAAUUCAAUAGCCUGCGUCAUCUGGGUGGACUUCCUCAAGGACAGACCAAACUUUAAGAACAUCAGCAAUCGCAACUCCACCAACAUUGUCAAGCUCUUGUCAACCAUCACAGGAGUGGUGGCCAUAUUCCUGGGGCUGCUGGUGGGCAAUCUGGGCACCAUCUUCCACGUGACGAAUGCGCUGAUGAGUGUUAUUAGGGGCCCCCUCAUUGGCAUGUUCUUGGUGGGUAUCUGUGCUCCAUGGGUCAGUAAAAAGGGCGCCGUGGUGGGCUUCUUCCUGGCAAACGUGUUCAGCGUGUGGCUGAUGGUUGGCAAGUUUAUGAGAGGUGGCGGCAGCCCAGAGCAACUGCCCCUCUCCACUCACGGCUGUCCGGAGAGUCUACAUAAUAAUACACUCAGCGUCAGCCUCAAUCACACCCUCUUCACCGUCAUCGACUCCGACUUCGGCAUCCUCAACCACACACGCACCCUUGCACCUAACCAUCGUUGA